AGGCGGGAGGGGCCAGCGCAGCCAGCACGAGCGAACGGUUUCCGGCCGCGCGCGCCCUUUUUUCCUUCUCUCUCUCUCUCUCUGUCUCUCAUCUCUCUCUUUUUUUUUUAACCCCCCCCCCCUCGUCGGCUUGUCUGAGGUUGAAAGAUGCAGGGCAACAAAGGCUUUGCUAUGGAGAAGCAAAAUCACACUCCAAGGAAACAUCAGCAGCAUCAACAACAGCAGCACCACCAACAGCAGCAGCAGCAGCAGCAAUCUUCCCCAGCUAACGGGCAGCAGGCCAACAACCAAAAGCGAUUCUGUACCUUAUUCCCCUCAGAUGAAGGCCUGACAAUUGACCUGAAGAAUUUCCGAAAACCUGGCGAAAAGACCUUCACACAGAGAAGUCGCCUGUUUGUGGGGAACCUGCCCCCUGAUAUCACAGAGGAAGAGAUGAGAAAGCUGUUUGAAAAAUAUGGGAAGGCCGGUGAAGUGUUCAUUCAUAAGGACAAAGGCUUUGGCUUUAUCAGGCUGGAAACUCGUACUCUAGCUGAGAUUGCAAAGGUGGAACUGGACAACAUGCCACUGCGUGGGAAGCAGCUGCGAGUGCGCUUUGCAUGCCACAGUGCCUCACUGACUGUCAGGAAUCUGCCGCAGUUUGUGUCCAAUGAGCUUCUGGAGGAGGCCUUUUCAAUGUUUGGCCAAGUGGAGAGGGCUGUGGUUAUUGUGGACGACAGAGGCAGGCCUUCUGGAAAAGGCAUUGUGGAAUUCUCGGGAAAGCCAGCUGCUAGGAAAGCCCUGGACAGAUGCGGUGAGGGAUCCUUCUUGCUGACUACGUUCCCUCGGCCUGUGACUAUUGCACCCAUCUUCAGCUGCUGGAGCAGCUUAGGAUCCAGCAGAUCCCUGGCCAACCCUGCUGUGCCCCAAUUCGGGACCUUGCACUGGCUACCGCCUGCAGGAACACCACACCAGAAGCAGCCUGUCAACAGCCUGCGCUGUUCGCAGGCACAGCUGAGUCCCUCCCCUUCUUGCCAGCAGAGGGAAGUCUCCACUGUAUCCUAA